AUGACAGCUUACGGUCACAUGCCGGGAGAGGCUAUCGAAUGUUUGUCGAUUGCCGUCGAACUACACAAACAGGAAGUCAUCGACGCCCACGGCCAGCUGACGAUUCGUGUCGGAUUCAAAAUAGGCGGAGGAAUUGAUCAGGAUCCGUCGAAGGCGCCGUUCAAGUAUCCGGAUGCUGGCGUUUAUAUUACUAAUGUGGAGCCGGGGUCACCGGCGGAGGCAGCUGGACUCAGGAAGCAUGAUAAGAUAUUACAGGUGAACGGCGCCGAUUUCACUAUGAUGACUCACGACCGUGCCGUCAAAUUCAUCAAACAAUCGAAUGUGCUCCAUAUGCUUGUCGCUCGUGCCGACCUACCACCAGUCAGUCUUCAUUAG